GAAGAAAGCGCGGGCACUGUAAGCCGUCCUUUCCUGGCCGCACUGACCCAUUUAUCCUUCUCUUCCCGCAGACCGCCCCCCCCCCCCACCUCCCCGAGCCUGGACGUCUGUCCCCACCGAACUCUCCCCUUCCGCUGCCCUUGCAGCCCCGAGGCUAGUCCAGUCUCCGCGUCCCGCUCCAGCCCCCUCUCCUCCAACCAGGGAGGAGGCUGGUCUCUAGACUGUCCCAAGCCACCCCGGGGCUGGGGGCGGGGGUGGGGUGUCGGCCUCGGCCUCAGUUUCCCCAUCUGCUAACUUGGAUUCCUGCUACCUGCUCUGCACACUCAGAGGCUGAAGCCCGAGGGCGGUCACGGAGGAGGGCGAGGCCGGCGCUCGCGCGGCCCGCGCGGGGGGCCUCCGUGCGGUGCCCCUGAGCCCCGGCUCUCGGCGCGCGGUCCUCGGCGCGCCCCUCCCUCUCUCCCCCUGCCCGCCUCUCGCCGCCUCUCCCCGCGCGGGCCCGGCGGCUCGCUCUCCAGCAGUCCUCUUUCCCUCGCCGCCCCGCGCCCACCCCGGGGUCCCCGCGCCCCGCCCGCCCCCGGCGCCGCCGCCCCCGCCAGGCCCGGCCCCGCCGCAGCGCGGGCGGUCAGUGCGCAGCCCGGCGCCCGCCCGCAUCCCGAUCGCGGGCUCGGAGCGAACCCGACCGACCGCCGCCCCCAGCCAGAAAGGAUUAAUUGGCUUCUUCCGUGAAAGGGGGACUCAUCUUCUUGGGAGCCCGGGGGGCUUUCAAGGUGCCAUGCUGCUGCUGCUGCUGCUGGGCCUGCUGAGCCCGGCGGCCUGCGGGGCCCCGGGCCCGGCCUCGGGGUCCGCGGAGCUGCGCUCGGCCUUCUCGGCGGCACGCACCACCCCGCUGGAGGGCACGUCGGAGAUGGCGGUGACCUUCGACAAGGUGUACGUGAACGUCGGCGGCGACUUCGACCCGGCCACCGGCCAGUUCCGCUGCCGCGUGCCGGGCGCCUACUUCUUCUCCUUCACCGCGGGCAAGGCGCCGCACAAGAGCCUGUCCGUGAUGCUGGUGCGCAACCGCGACGAGGUGCAGGCGCUGGCCUUCGACGAGCAGCGGCGGCCGGGCGCGCACCGCGCCGCCAGCCAGAGCGCCAUGCUGCAGCUCGACUACGGCGACGCGGUGUGGCUGCGGCUGCACGGCGCCCCGCGGUACGCGCUGGGCGCGCCCGGCGCCACCUUCAGCGGCUACCUGGUGUACGCCGACGCCGACGCGCCCCCGCGCGGGGGCCCGCCCGCGUCCGCGGAGCCGCGCUCGGCCUUCUCGGCGGCGCGCACGCGCAGCCUGGUGGGCUCGGACGCGGGCCCCGGGCCGCGCCACCGGCCGCUGGCCUUCGACACCGAGCUGGUCAACAUCGGCGGCGACUUCGACGCGGCGGCCGGCGUGUUCCGCUGCCGCCUGCCCGGCGCCUACUUCUUCUCCUUCACGCUGGGUAAGCUGCCGCGCAAGACGCUGUCGGUGAAGCUGAUGAAGAACCGCGACGAGGUGCAGGCCAUGAUCUACGACGACGGCGCGUCGCGGCGCCGCGAGAUGCAGAGCCAGAGCGUGAUGCUGGCGCUGCGGCGCGGCGACGCCGUCUGGCUGCUCAGCCACGACCGCGACGGCUACGGCGCCUACAGCAACCACGGCAAGUACAUCACCUUCUCCGGCUUCCUGGUGUAUCCCGACCUCCCGCCCGCCGGCCCGCCGGGCCUUGGGCCGCCGGAGCUCUGAACCCCGACCCGGAGAGCCGCUCGGGGUGGGGUGGGGUGGGGUGGGGGGCAUGCAUGCUGAGCCCGGACCCGCGGCCCGAACGCCCCGCCGGCGCGAGCAUGACGGCCCGCCGCGCGUGGCGGACUCUGCCAAUAAAGUGGGCCUGCGCCGGCGCCUGUC